UAUUCAACAAAAACACAACACUAAUAUGAACUACAAGAUACAAAUUAAAUUAAACUAAACACAAGGGGUGACCAAAUCCAUUGAGAACAUAUAAACAAGUUAAGUGGAGAUGGAAAUUAUGGCUACAAAAUUUGGUUCAUCAUGUGCUAAAUUAUUAUUAUUAGUGUGUUUGUUGUUUGGUUGUGUUGUUGAAGUUAUAGUAGGAAGAACAUAUACAGUUGGAGAUAGUUUUGGUUGGCAAACUCCUCCUAAUGGUGUUGUUACUUUUUCCAAUUGGGCUAACCAACAUACUUUUGUUGUUGGGGAUAUUUUAGAGUUCAAUUUCAACAGUGGAGUACACACAGCAACAAAAGUAAGCAAAAAUGCAUUUGAUAGUUGCAAUGCUGCAAAUCCUAUAGAUAAUGAAACAAAUGGUCCAGCAAAAUUCACUCUUAAUACUACUGGGGAUUAUUAUUUCAUUUGUACCAUCCACUGCAACCAAGGCCAAAAAUUAGCGAUCAACGUCGCUUCGACCGGAUCUCCGUCUGGAAGCCCUUCUCCCGGCUCAUCCCCGGGUACACCCCGUGGCAAGUCGUCUCCUCCUCCUCCUUCUCCGUCUCCAUCGGGAUCCGUAUCGACUAGGGUGGCUGCCACUGUUUCAUUUGUCAUAUUAGUGCCCUUUGUGUUAGCACUAACACUUUUGUCUUAGUGUUGAUAUUGAAAAUUACUCUGUUGGUGUUUGAAAUUAGUUUUAUAAAUAAAUAGUUAUGUGUUUGAUUUGAAAUGUUGAACCUGAUAAUAGUCGUUGAUGUGUUUGAUGAAAAAAUACUGAUAAAAUUACUUAGCUUAUAAUAU